GCCAGGCCGCGCCCCGCCCCUCGCCGCCGCCGCUCCCGGGGAGGCUGCGCUCGAGCUGCGGCGCCGGCUGCAGCCGCCUGGGCCCCGGGCCCGGCUCCUCCCGCGCCGCCCGGGCGAUGAGAAGCUGCUUCUGCGUGAGACGGAGCCGGGACCCGCCGCCGCCGCAGCCGCCGCCGCCCCAGCGGGGAACAGACCAAGCCACCAUGCCUGAAGUCAAAGAGCUUUCAGAAGCCUUGCCAGAGACACCAAUGGACCCCAUCACGGGAGUCGGGGUGGUGGCUUCCCGGAACCGAGCCCCAACGGGCUACGAUGUGGUUGCGCAGACAGCAGAUGGUGUGGAUGCUGAUCUCUGGAAGGACGGCUUAUUCAAGUCCAAGGUUACCAGAUACCUGUGUUUCACAAGAUCAUUUUCAAAAGAAAAUAGUCAUUUGGGGAAUGUGCUGGUGGACAUGAAGCUCAUCGAUGUCAAGGACACGUUGCCUGUGGGCUUCAUUCCCAUCCAAGAGACGGUGGAUACACAGGACGUGGUCUUUAGGAAGAAGCGGCUAUGCAUUAAGUUUAUUCCCCGGGAUUCAACUGAAGCUGCCAUUUGUGACAUUCGCAUCAUGGGCCGGACCAAGCAGGCACCUCCCCAGUACACAUUUAUUGGGGAACUGAACAGCAUGGGCAUUUGGUAUCGAAUGGGCAGAGUGCCAAGAAACCAUGACUCGUCUCAGCCCACCACACCCUCCCAGUCUUCAGCCGCUUCUACCCCAGCCCCAAACCUUCCCAGGCACAUCUCCCUAACACUACCGGCUACCUUCCGAGGCAGAAACAACACCAGCACAGACUAUGAGUACCAGCUCUCCAAUCUGUAUGCCAUAUCAGCAAUGGAUGGUGUGCCUUUUAUGAUUUCAGAGAAGUUUUCCUGCGUUCCAGAAAGUAUGCAGCCCUUUGAUCUCUUGGGAAUCACCAUCAAGUCUCUGGCGGAAAUUGAAAAGGAGUACGAGUACAGUUUCCGCACUGAGCAGAGCGCAGCAGCUCGGCUCCCACCCAGCCCUACCCGGUGCCAGCAGAUCCCCCAGUCCUGAGGAGCCCACAGUCUCCUGGGGGAGAAGACAUUUCCUCCCCGGUGCCCAGACUACUGAUGUGGUGGCUGGGGUGAGAGUCACUCCCUCCCUCACCUGCCUAUUCUGCUUGCCCUGCUCACUGGUCAUGAGACUCUGGGCAGCUGCUUGGUCAUAUAUGGUCAUCAGUUCACCUGGUGAGACUUCCCUGCCUCCCCAGGAACGUUGUUCAUAAUUGUGACUAAUGUAUGUGCUGUUAGUGACCAGAGGCUCCUGUGUGAUGACCACUUACCCCACCAAGAAAGAAAACUCCUUCCUUACCUGGAGUCACCCAUGAGGGCCUGGGCACAUACUCCAGCCGCCCAGUGACACCCACUGGCUCCAUCAACUGACCAUCACCUACCACGGAAAUCCCACAAAGCCACUAGCUCCCUCCUGGGAGACCCCAGGGUUGACUGCUUCACUUAGGACCCUGCAAGAUGCACUGAUAGCCUCUGACCCAGCAACCUGGGAACAAGCACCACUGGUCAGCAGGCUCCAGUGGCCCACUCGUGCAUUUCAUGAUGGCACUGAGAAGCAGGACUGAGAUGCACUUGAGACAACUGUGGACUCUUCCCCCACUCCACACACUGGAUGUCCAGCGAGCACAGACAGGACCCCACUUUCUAUAGAGGUGACUGGGUGCCUACCUGGAUGGAAACUUGGCUGCUAGGGUCCUGUGCCCAGCCACAGGUGCCGAUCCCCACAAAGGGCUCAUCUGUGGAGCGCCCACCUGCUGACGACAGCUCCACAGGCCUCUGCCCGGUGCCCUGACCUGGUGGCAGCUGGCACAGAGCAUGCUCUCAGAAGAAUGGUACAGAGGCACCAACUCGUCACAGCCAGAUCCCCCCCCCCACCCCACCUUACCCCCGUCUAGACGGCACCUUCCACCAGGGAGCUGCUGUUCUGAAAAGCCCUUGUGUCCCAGGCCUCAGAAUUUGGGCCAGGACAUUUCACAGGUGUCAACCUGAGGUGCCAAGUUGAACCCUCCAUGUGUCGCCAUGAGAACAGUAGUCACUACUGUCCCAGCUCUCAGCCUCACCACCAUGCACUGCUUUGCCACCAUUGGCUUUUAGGGCUUGACUGACAUUGGUCCCAUGGCAUCUGUGGAUGUGAAGAACUGCCCAGUGAUCAGUGGCCAUGGGCAACUACUUACCAGCUGGUACACACCUUCAGUUACAGCUCUAUAGAGACAGCCAUGGGCAGCUGGGUAUCCAAGGUGCAAAAGGAUCAGGAGCAAGAACAAGCCAAAAAGAUGGCAUGAGCUGAGGCAGGGCCAAAAAUACCUCACCAACCUACAUCAGCCCCUCCUCCGUUCCAGACCCUCAGGCCCUUUGUAGACUACCCUUCCUUCCCAGUCAGCCAGUCUCUCUGCUUGAUGGUACUUCAUUUCUAUGUGUCAGGAAGGGUCCUUGCUUCCCCUCAGAUGUGAGCAUACCCUGUGGGGUACCCAUCAACCCCUUGCCUCUGGGCCCCACAUCCUCCAGGUAGCAGAGGUCAUGAAAAGGUGGUGCCCCAGAGGCCAUGGAGUCAACAUAGGCAUCUCUAGCAAAGCCUAGUGCCACACUGGUGCUCAAAGGAGCUAAUGAACUGACUCCAGAUGGCUCCACGAGCUGGGGAUUCCAAGGAGCUAUGUCUGCUGCUGCUGGGACAUCAACUGGCUUGUGUGACCUGAGGCCCAACAGAGGGGGCAACCACCAUAGUCUGAGUUAACCUGGAAGGUCAGGUACAAAGCUCUGUACUCCUGACCACUUCAUUUAAGUCUGUACACUUUGACCACUCUUUCCAUUCCUCACUUAUGAAGUCAUCUCUGUCACACGAUGCCAGGUGGCCCUCGGGGGAGGACAAGGACGAGGAUGUGGCUUCUCUGCAGCUCUCACAGAUCCUAGAAGUUCCAAACUGAAGACUGUGGACCUGCUAGUAAUCCACACAGCCAAGUGAGGGGAUUCCUGGAGAAAGGUCCAUCACUCUGCACUCCCACAGGACUCCACCACUGGGAGGAGGGCAAAGCACAUGCUCUGAGCUGGAGCAGUCUCCAGAUGGACACAGCAGACUUAGUUGAAGAAGAACCCUGACUGAGGCUGUUGUAGCGCCAACAGCUUCUAGCUUUUGAAGUGUUGAGGAUGACUUGGUGUCUGUGGUAGGUUCUAGGUUGCACCCAACCCCUGGUUUCUUGUCUUCUGGUGAUGGUAAUGGUCAUAUGUGCAUCCCAUUGUCCGCCUUGUGUGGACCUGGCAGACCCAGACCUGGGAGAGAGGGCUGUGGCUCAUAGCAGCACUGAGUGGCCUUUGAGUACCAUGUGGCAGGCAUACUGUCAGAUGAGCACAAGGAUUCACUGGGAGACAUGAAGAGCCGUAGCCUCUCCCAUGGGUCUCCCCCUCCCCUACCAGCAUGUCCCACAACUACUGCUGUUCCUGCAAGCACACACAUCUCUUUCGAAAUGGCUAACCAGAGCACAGUUCCCUAUCCCCACCAUCCCCAUCCUGAAAAGUUGGUUCCCUCCUAAGGGCCUUGGAAAUGGCACAUGGGUGACAAGCGGGGGUGGGGGUGGAGGGUGGGAGGGCUCACUUGCAAAUUUAUCAUAAGAGCAAAUCUAAGAAUCAUGUCAGCCUAACUCUGCCACGUAGAGAGGUGAGAGCCUCACUCUCCUCGGGGGACUCUUCUUCCUGGUGGUCUGCAGCGUGUGGCCACCCGUGGCCAAGGUCAUGCUGCAGCCCCUGUCAGAAGAUGUCCAGCAGGAGACUGGGGUCCUGAGCAUACACACCCUCCCUUCCACUGGGCUUGGCUGUCUUAAGCACAUUUCCUGUCAUCCCCCAAACAAGCCCAACAAUGGGUGCUCUUUGCCCCAUCACAUGAGGAGCCUGAGGCAUGUCUAGAAGCUUGCCGGUGGCACAGACAGAAUCUGACCCCAAAGUCCCUGGGCCAACCACCUGGCCUUUGUGUCCAUCCCUGUGGGCUUUUUUUUUUUUUUUGCCAUGGAGAAGUCAUCACACCAUGGCCGUGGGUUCCUGACAUGGAUCAGACUGAGAGUCUGAUAGUCCUGUGUGCCCACCCACACCUGAGGGCCCCCCAGCCUGAGACCAUCUCCUGCCACAUUUGUGGACUCCUGGCCAGGGAGGAGAUAGAAAAGGGCCUUGGUGUGCUGCUGGGCCAUGAAGAGCUGAACUCAUGGAAUCAGUUAGUGCCCAACUGAGCCCCAGAGCCUGCUCCCAGCUCCCUCAGGUGACCCAGGUGCCCCAGCCUUCUCCACCUGCUCUGGGCAUGAGCCCUUGAGCAACUGCAACAUCUGCACCAGGAGACCAGGCUUUGUUCCUCUUCAAAAGCUUGUGAGCCGCUGGGCCACCAUGUCAUGUGGCGCAGGAACAAGGACCUUAAGGACGGCUGCCUUCCUGUGUGUAUUCAAGGUGACUGCUUGGCAAGGGAGGCCUCACUGUGUGACUCUAUCUUAAUGUAAUUUGUUAAAUAAAUGUUUGUUUUAACCUCGG